AUGGCCAACGGCCUGGUGGAGAAAUUUAACGGCACCCUGAAGCUUAUGUUAAAGAGAAUGUGUGCCGAGAAGCCGAGAGACUGGGACCGUUAUCUGGCGCCUUUGCUAUUUGCAUACAGGGAAGUGCCCCAAGCAAGUCUUGGAUUUUCUCCCUUCGAGCUCCUUCGGCCUCAGCGAUGCCAAGAUCUCGGAGUCUCUGCAAAUGGAUGCAAAUUUGACACUCGCCAGCGCUUUGGCAAAAGCUCGCUUGAAGGAGACCGUCCAACGACAGCAGCAACAGCUGCGAGAAACCAGCGACGAACCUUCGGCAGCGCCAGCCAGCAACCUGGACGCGAUCAACAAACAACGGCAGCCCCGGAAGAAUUCUUCAGGACAGCGUUCCGGCACCUCGUCAAGGACCACUGCACCUAUCACACAAGGUCAACGCACCAGACCACAGUCCUACCGACCUCUCACCCCCAGUUCAUGCCCCAACUGCGGUCAAGGAGAGCACCCGAGGACCUCCUGCCCGGCACGAGCUGCGAAAUGCAACUACUGCGGUUGUUCCGGACAUUUCGCAGUGGUGUGUCGGAAAAAGGCUGCAGGCGAGCGAAAGAAGGAAUACAAGUUGUUUGCUCGCAACUACGGUUUUCGCGCUGUGACGUCUAGCCCCAGGUACCCCCAGGCUAAUGGUGAAGUGGAGAGGAUGGUCCAGACAAUUAAAGGUCUCAUUACAAAAGCGAAGGACCCAUAUCUUUCUCU